AUGGCUGAUUCCAGAAUCCUGGAAGGCGAGCGGCUCAGCCCUUAUCGCGUCGUGGAUCUUACAGCUUGCACUUCACCACCUGUGUCGCGGGCACGGCAUCUAACCACCACGACGGAAAAAGAAAUCUUGUUUGCGGUCGCAUCUGACAACGCUGGUGGUGAAACUCAUCCUAUUCUCUCUUCUUCUGCGUCUUCCAUUAGGUCGUCGCUAUCGGAUUCUCAAGCAUUGAAUACCUAUCGGGACCGAGAGUGCGUCUCGAAAACAAAGGCGCGCAGAUCUGCUGAAAGUUGUCGAUCAGAUGAAACAGCAGCGGAGCGACAAGGCAGGAGGCGAGCUGGGGUGGCAUCUGUGCCGAUAGAGGGUCGUAGUCGGGUGGAACGGCCGGACUCUCCGGCGGCAGGAGAUGAACUGCCAAGAGACACGGGUAGCAUUCCUCUGAUAGUUGGCGGAACGCCACCAGCUCUCGUGUCGAACCCAGGGGCGGAAGGGAGCCCAUAUGACAUCAUGACUUUGACAAGCGAUGAAGAUGAGGUGGGAGAAAUUUACUAUGUGGAGUCCGAUGACGAUGUCGCGGUUAUCGGAUCGAGCGGGGUCACUGGUGCAAACAACCGCCGUUGUGAAAUAGUGGACAUUUCUGGAGCUGGAGAAGAUGUUUCUGAGUCAUGUACUGGUGGCACUGAAGUGGCGCAGUCUGGGGAGGCAACUGAAGCCCCUUCUUUCCAGUCAGGAGGUGAGAGGCUGGCACGCGCCACGCAUCCUCUGCGGCCCCGCAGGGACCCUCGGCGGCAGGUCGGUCAGGAAGCCGUGGGAGGCUACCCAGAGUUUGAAGCUGCUGCAGCCGCAGAAGAUUCUCAGCGGUGGUUAGCGAGAAAUGGCCAAUCGGGUUCACGAAGGUCCCGUGCCAGACUUUCCGGUGGCCGCGGGCGGGAGUCUGUGUUUGUCAGCGGUGCUGAUUGGCUCCAGGCCCCGAACGUGUUUCACCAGCUGAAGGAAGCUGAUCGUCGAGUGGCUCAGACUCGAGCCGCUGUUCAGCGUCUUCAGAGAGCUGAGAACGAGCUGUUUCGUGAGCGGCGGCAGCUAAACCAGCGCUGCAAUCCGUGCUCGGUUCGGCCUAUGUACAGCCCAUUUGAAUCUCGGGCCGCAGCGGUAGCCCAGUGGGAGCGGCGUUUAACGAGUGUGCGACGACGAUGUGCGGCUGCUCGAAGAUCUGCUGCUGAAGCAGCGUGGACUGCUCGAAGGCUGCGGCGAAGGAUUCAAGACGGCGAAAGACAACCCCUGAACCAAAACGCCAGUGGGCGAGCCGCCGUUCGCCGCGUUGGGUCGGCAGAAGUCCCAGCGCCAACCCAAGGACGAAGCCACGAGGGGCCGCCUUCGUUGUCGACUGGGGCAGGUUGUAUACUGCCUGGCGUGCCUGCGGAAGGCGACUCCGGUAGAUCUCUUAUCCGUCACUGUGGUUCCCAUGAGGACGCUUUAGUUGACUGGGAGUGGGUCGGCAGGUUCGACUUCGCCAGUGUCUCUGCUCCCCCAACUCACACUUCUAGCGAAGGACUCCCUCAGGAGCUUAUCUCGCGUCUGCCUUGUAUACUAUACGCAGAAAGGAAAGCGUCUUCGGGACUGUUUCAGAAGUAUACUGAAAGUAACAGUGCUAAUACAGAAAAUCCGAGUGCGGAGGCGGAAAAUUCCCACCAACGCGAUGAGGCGGAUGUGAAGGAUGGCGCUAGCCAAGACCAGUUUUGCGCCAUAUGCAUGGAAGCAUACGACAAAGGGGCUGUUUUGAGGUAUCUUCCCUGUUUGCAUGCGUACCAUCAGGCGUGCAUCGAUAUGUGGUUAUCGGCACAAGGUCGCUGCCCCGUUUGUAAAGAGAGUGUUCUAUGCCUGAUGGAGCGUGGCGCAGCGGUUGUGGCAUCUGCGCCCGCUGAAACAUAA